CACUGGGAUGAAUUCGGAGGCCCCGAAGCCUAUAAUACCGCCGCACUCAGUGGAUUCCCCAACUUUUUCAUGAUGUACGGGCCGAACUCCGGCACUAUUCACACAUCGACCACCACUGACAUUGAAAAUGCCAUCAACUUCGCGCUACAGGUCAUUAAACCCGUUAUAGAUGGCCAAGCAAGCAUUAUCAACGUCAAGCGAGGCGCCGAGGAAUGGUAUUCCGACCGAGUCCAGAAGAAGUCAAUAGGCACCGUCUGGUACUCUGGAUGCGUCAACUGGUAUUUCAAGACAACCAAGAACGGACAGAAGUGGAACUCCAUGAUCAAUCCCCUUUCUCAGGUGCAGUUCUGGUUCAGAGCUUGUUUCCCACCUGGGGCCACUGGGAAUAUUCGGGCAGACGCUUCGGGUAGUGCUUGGGAGCUCUAG